UUCUGUUUCCUUAGUGUUUCCUCCUUCUUCAAUGACUUUCUCUGCUUUGUCUCUGUCUCUCUCUCCCCCUUCCCUCCACAUUGUCUUUCUUCAUUUCUCUGACUUUGUAUCUCUUUCUUCUUUCUUUUUAUGUGUCUUUCUUCUCUCACAAUUUUCUUUCAACCUUUCUUAAUUUUAUUUCAGUCAGUCUCUCCUCUCUUUCUCCACAUAUCUCCCCGGAUUUUGUGUGUACCUCCUAUCUGGGAAUAUGUCUUUUCUCUUUCUGUUUUUCUCCUUUAGUCUCCCAUUCUGUCUUUUUCUCCCUAUUCUCUUCUGUUUCCUUUUGUGUCCCUCCUGUUUUUCCUCUCAAUAUAUCUUUUCUUUAUAUUUUCUCCUUUUCUCUGCUUUUUUUCCUUCCUUUUUCUCCGUGUCUUUCCCUCUCCCUCGUUGUCCCCUCCCUGGCCCCUCCUCCCUUCCUGUCAUGCUCGGACGCGGGAGGAAGGAGGGCGAUAACUUCAUGUGACUGCUCCUUCCCUGAACGCCCUUCAGCAUCGGCUGCGGCUCCGGAGACACCACAUGGACCGGUCUCCCCGGAAGAAGCUCCGUCACUGACAAGACCCACAAGGAGCCCCCAGCACCGCCCGGGUACAAUCCAGGACCAGUGGUCUGUGAAACUUGUAUGUAAAGUCUGAACCAGCCUCUUACGGGAUCAAAGCCAUCAUCAUCAUGGACUUCGUUAUGAAGCAAGCUCUGGGAGGGGCCACCAAGGACAUGGGGAAGAUGCUUGGUGGAGAUGAAGAGAAAGACCCUGAUGCAGCCAAGAAAGAGGAAGAGCGCCAGGAAGCCCUUCGGCAGGAAGAGGAGGAGAGAAAAGCCAAGUAUGCCAAGAUGGAAGCCGAGCGUGAGGUCAUGAGACAAGGGAUCCGUGAUAAGUAUGGAAUCAAGAAGAAGGAGGAACGUGAGGCAGAGGCCCAGGCCGCAAUGGAAGCUAACUCUGAAGGCAGCCUUACCCGUCCCAAGAAGGCCAUUCCGCCAGGUUGUGGCGAUGAAGAAGAGGAGGAAGAAGAGAGCAUCCUGGAUACCGUCAUCAAAUACCUCCCUGGACCUCUCCAGGAUAUGUUCAAGAAGUAAUUCCCUAUGAACUCUCAGACUGUUUCUACUAUGAACAGCAAAGCAAUGCCGUUCCCGCCACUUGGCAGGAGCUCUCAAUCUCGCCACCCACCAUGCACCCCUCUGCUCAAUCCAUCUCCCCGAUCCCUCCCUUCCCUGGCUGCCCCAGGCCCCUUGGCCAGGCCUAUUUGUACAUAGUCCCUCCUUCCCCUCUCCCCAGUAGAUGCCUCCCAUCCAUCAGAUGUCAGGAGCAGAGUGCCGCAGUCUACUCAACUUUAAUUAUAAGCCAUAGUACUAGAUGUGUUAGGAAACUCAGCUAAUCAGGCACCUCUACACUCGACAGAGAAAAGGGGAGACCUUCCAGUGGCUUCUGGCCAAAAAUAGGCAGCACCACAUUCCCGGAGAGCAAGCAGGGGCUUCUUCUAAUGACCCAUGGGAUAUUUGCCAUGACUACCAAUGGGCCAACCAACUGGCCUUGGUCACAUGGGGUUUCCCCAGCUCCUGUAGGUGUCUUCACCAUCGCUGCCCUCUCCCAGGGAAAGGGGAAUUUGUCUCUGUGCAGGGACCCUUCAGAAAGGCAAUCAUUUGAAAUGCAAAUUUCCCACCGGAGGGCCAAGCCUUCCCAAGUUUUUUUUCUGUUAGUCCCACUGCCACCCAGGUCUCAGAAUCCAGCCUACGGUCUUAUUCCACAUAAUUAAGAGGAGAGGAAAAUAUAGGAGGGAAUGGCCAGAGAGGAGGGAGGAAAUAGGUUCUGGAGUGUUCCCUGAAGUCUGAUGGCUUCACGUACCCUACUUUUUGGAGCAUCCUGGAAAAAGGGUCAGGCUACCCUUCCUAUGUCCAUAUUAUGAGCUUCACACACACACACACACAAACACACACACACACACACACACACUCACACUCACACUCACACACGCACACUCAUACACAAGAUACUCAAGACACAAUACAGAACGGUCCUCCCACUGUAGACCAUCUGAUAUGACCUGACCAUCCACUUUAGCACUUUGUAGGGCGUUCCUCCAUUGUCCCAGGGCAACUUGAGAGAGGGACAGACUAUCCUUUCCAUUUUCUCUUCCUGUAGGGACGAGGAGACACAGAGGUUAGGGAGCAACUGGAAGUCAAAGAGUAAAUAUUAGGAUCUCCAAACAAGUACAAAAGGCCAAUGCCACCUCUUUCUUCCUGAGCACCACAGCCCUUUCAUGAAAGAUGGCGCUAUGGUUAGGGGUGGGAGCUCAGAGCAGAGUUCCAAGAUCCUACUGUCAUGAUAACCAGACUCAGGAAAGCAAGGAUAAAACUGUCCCCAGAGAAAACUCCCUUCAGAGAAGAAGCCUGUGUAGCCUGCUCUGUCUCUUCAGGGUAGAUAUAGGACUCAGGACCCUCUUCCUGAGCAGAGAAUGCCCUUCAAGACAGGCUUAGCACCUGAUGGACCUCAUGGCCCCCAUCUUCCACUUGAGACUCCAGGAUCUUCCCCUUAUUUUCCAGUUUGUUUUUCUUUUUAAAUUGACUUUUCAAUUUUAACAAAUGAUUUAAAAUUAUCGUUUCCAUCAUCUGCUUUUCUGUUUAUCCAUUAUCUAUCUAUACAUUAUCUGUCCAUCCAUCCAUCCAUCCGCUCUGCCUCCCCCAUUCUUUCUGUCUCUCCCAUCCCCAUCUUCUUUACAGCCUUCUCUCUCCUGGAGGGUUCUUUCCAUUCAUGUUCUAGGAUAUUUCAGCCUGGAAGAUUUCCAUGACUGUCUCUUCUAUAUGAAGAAGGAAAAAUAAGUACUUUAUAGGGGGUGCUAUGGGAAGGGGGUGAGGGAAAGAAACCAGCUCAAUUAUGUGUGUAACUCACAGGUCACACCUUGGACCUUUUCAGAUUUAUUUCUAGGGGAAUGACAGAGUUGUGUUCUGGUUUUGAGAAGGGUAGGAAAGUGAGUGUUGUUCUGGGAGGACUGUUUGGGAAUAUAUCAUUGAGAUCUCUAACCAAGCUCCAGGCCUAUGGGUAUUCCUCUAGACUAUUUUCUUCCUGUUCAUAUUCCUCUCUGUAGCCACUAAGGAUGGGGUUAUCCUUUUCAGGAGCCCCACAUUACAAGAGAGGUGAAAAUGGGGAAAGGGGAAAGGCUAGUAUUUGGAGGCCCUGGAAGUUGCAUUUUUUCCACUCAAACUCUGAGUUCUGGAUUGCUAAGGCCAAGAAUGUUAUUAGAGUUGAAGUGAAUGGCCUGGGCAUGUAUGGGAUAUUUUCUCUCCAAAUGAUACUGAGCUCAAGAAUUACACUACAGACCUCCUGGGGCUUGAAUUAUCACUGUGCCUUCUGGGACAACCUGGAGCUGGGAAAGGACUGUUUGUGCAGAAAAUAAGUCAUGAAAUCCAUUAGUGUCACUCAAGUGAGUCUGGAUCUCACAUCAUUCAAGCUCCAUUCUCCACCCAAAUUCUCUCUCUCUCUCUCUCUCUCUCUCUCUCUCUCUCUCUCUCUCUCUCUCUCUCUCUCUCUCUCUCUCUCUCUCUCUCUCUCUCCCUUUCUCUCUCUCUCUCUCUCUCCCCAUCUCCGUCUCUCUUUCUCUCUGUUUCUCUCUCUUUUUCUCUCUCCAUCUCUGUCUCUCCUUCUCUGUCUGUCUGUCUGUCUGUCUGUCUCUCUCUCUCUCACACACACACACACACACACACACACACACACACCAUAUCCAAUUUCUGGCCAGUCAGUCCCUAUAUUCCUAGAGUGGAAAGAAGAUGAGAGAACAUGGAAAGGAUUUUGUCUUGUUUUAGUCAUAGGGUUGUCCAUAUUCCAAAAAAAAAUGGGCCAUCCAAGCUGAAAUAGCCUUUUGGCUCCUGGAAUCAAAAGUAAUUGGACUCCGCCCACCCCAUCCUUUCUAGAAUCACAGAGACCUUUCGCUAAGUCCAUCCCUGCGCUCUGCGCCCGGGACUCGUCCCAGGGACUCACCAGAGGCAGGGAUAGGAUUUCCAGGCUAGAUUCUGACCCUCAUUUUGUCCUCCAUUUUCUCGUUUGGUUUCCAUAUACUAUGUUGAAUCUCAGGUAAGUGAGGUCUUCUGUUUUUGGUGAGUCUUUAUUCAGACAGUCAGGGUCCACGGCUGUGGGCGAGCCACCAGACACCCGGCAGAGCAACCUUUCUGUCCUGAUAAAGGCACCAUCAAAAUCUCCACUUCUCGGAGGGCAAAUCGUUUAGUUUGGCGCUGACCUUCAUGACCUUACAUCGAUCCUUAGAGAAAGCCAUAUAAAUCAGACUGCAAUAUUAAUUCCGAAUGCUACUCUACAUUACAGGAGAAUAGACCAUGUGCUAACUCAACUUUGGAGUUUCUCUGUCUGUGUUUCUAGCUCUGUGUCUUAGCCAAGUACCUCCCCCGCCCCCUCCCUCUUUCUAGCUGUAGGGGGGAGAGAGACAUAAGAAUGCUGCUGACCCCUGUGCCGCUUCCUUGUGUGCGUGUGAUGUUUUUAGGACCCCGCUGCUAUCGUGACUGGCCGUGGUCGUGACCGUGACCUUCGUCACCCUCUGUGCCCCCGUGUCUCUGUGCAUCAUGUCGUCCGUCAGUAAAUCAUGGGGGGUGGGGGGAAGGGGAAUGUCUUUCCAAAAUGCUUGUUUUCACAAAUGCAAACUUUGAGUAGACGGGGCAUUUCCCAGUAGCAAUGAGCUUGUCCUCCCAGUUUCCAGAUGCAUGGAGCCCUUCCCGUGCACGGCGCGGGGCCAAGGACCACCCGUGCACGGUGGAGACGUGUGGACGUCCACCCCACGGUGCUUUGCUUGCUUCUCUCCUUGCAUGACGUGGUGACUAAUGUAAUGUUCUUUUCCAAUGGAAUCGCGGCCAAUAAAGAAUUAUAUGAUCUCA